GCAGGACCCUUACCUGAUACGGAAGCUGUGUACGAACGAGAGCCGCCUUUUCUCGGCACAUCCUGAGCGAUCGCAGAAGCAGCCCUGCGUUCUCGACGUUUCCGAGCUCCCGCCGCCGCACAGGCUCUGGAUAUAAAGAGCAGGGGCGCGUCGAGUCGGCCGCAUCCCUCCUUCCUCUCCUCCAUCCCCUCCUCGUGUCCUCGACACAGUCAGUCCUUACUCUCGCGGACUCCCCACACCGGUCUAGCCAAGUCCAAGAUGCGCAUCCUCUCCGCGUUCCUCCUCUUCCUCGGCACGGGCAUCACAGCCUUCGCCCACCCGCGCAACGCCCCGCCGCCGCCGAGGCCCCUCCCGGGCGCCCGCGCGCUCAAGCAGGCCCAUGUCCUGCGUUCGUCCGAGGACACCUGCGGGCACCUCACUGGCUCCGCACUUCAGCUCGCUGCCGUUGAUCUCGCCCUCGAGCUUACUGCGGACGUGCUCGGCAUUCUGCUCGGCCUCGACAUCUGUCUGUGUCUCUCGCUUCUCCCGCUCGAGCUCGACGUCGGUCUCGGCUUGGACGCGCUCGUGCCGCUCCUGGGUCUCGGAGACCUGAAUCUCCUUCUCGAGGCUGCGCAUCUCUGCGGAUGGAACUGCAAGCCGCCAUAUGUCAAGCAGGGCGACCAGUGCGAAUGCAACGGUGUCUGCGGCUCUUCCCGAAGGCAGAACCUCACUUGUUCGUCAGGGUGCGGUUCGUCAACUCCCUGGAAGCGUGAUGCUAUCGGAAACCGCCCUCGAGCGACGUGCGGUAGAGAUGAGAUCGUAUGUGGCGUCUAUGGCGGAUCGCCCCUCGGGUUUGAGUGUCUCAACGUGAACAAGACACUUGAGAGCUGCGGUGGAUGCACGGUUCCGAACCCGUUCCUGUCCGUUACCGGUGGUGCCGCUGUCUCCGCGCCUGGCGUAGGCAUAGCGAAAGCUACUGGCGUAGACUGCUCGUCCAUCUCCGGCGUCGCCGGGGUCUCGUGUGUUGCGGGACGGUGCGCCGUGAGCAGUUGCGGCGCGGGCUGGGUCGUGAACAGCAGUGGAGACGGUUGCGUCCACGUGAGCGCUCUUGCGGUACAGCAGAAGCGUUCUGAGGGUUUACUCAUCGACCUGGUGGCGGAUGUGGUGGCGGAUGUGCAACUCUGAAGAAAGGGGAUAUGGGGAACAAAACUCUCCAUGAAGGGGAACCUGGAUAAUUCUUACUACUGUCGUUCGCUGUCGUUCAUUGUCAGUCGCGCUCUUUACCGUGUCGUCUUCGUUUGGGUUCGCUUUCGCGGUUGUACGCGCUUGAUACUCUCUGGGCUACCUUACCUCCACCUUUGAUUUUUUGUUCUCUGGGACGUCGUUGUCGUCCUCGCCGUCGGUUAUAGCAUAUACUGUCGCUGUAGAACGCUUUGGUUGUUUGUUUGUCGGAGGUUUUAAUGUUGGGCGUUGGGAUGUUGUGGACAAGGACAAGCGUUGUCGUGUACAGGACGCUUGUCGUAGGGUUAUAUGAUGGAGAUUGAAUGGGUACGAUGAUAGCUACGUAUUGGGCGUCGCUCGGAUUCUGGACGUGAUGAAUGAGAGGUGCCUUUUGGAGCCGCA